UUUCCGAACAUAAAAAGUUGGCGAACGCUCAGAGUCUGGCUCAGUAAAGAGUCGGUGAGUGAAAACAAAGAGAAAUGGAAGCAAGGGUGUUCCCGCUAACGUGCACAGCGCUUCCACUCUCACCUGCGUCAUCAUCUUCAUCUCAUGGAAGGCUCUGGCCCUCUCCUUUCAAGCCCAAACAUGCACCUAAAACAGUUUUGAGGAAGAGCAAGGAAGAGCCACUGUUAGAAGGUCUUCCCAAAGAGUAUUACGACGAUGAAUGGCAAGCUCGGCAAAGGGAGAAAACAAAGGAGUUGCAUCAAAGACGUCAAGAGGAAGAUGAAGAGGAGGAAAGAAAGGUUGAAGAGUAUCGCGAAAUUGGCAUGAGAUUGAAGGGUUAUCCGGAAGAAGAUGUUCGGAAAGCUCGGAAAUUGAUUUCCAGCUUUAUCAGAGCAGCCGAAGAAGUGGAAGAGAAAAUUGAGGAAGCUGCUGAGAAAGGAGAAUUGACUGAACUUGUUUUGAUGGUCAUAUGGAAUCGUCUUGACCUCGCUCGACGUGAUGAAGAAAAGGAUGUUAUUAGAAGUCUUGAUUUGUUAUACAGAAGGGUUGAGGCUGAGAUUUUGAAACGGGAGGCUACUCCUGCCAUGAGACUGCUCAAUGAUCUUUUGAAUAUGCAUGAUGGGUAUGAUGGUGAAGGAUGGCUGAAGGAAUGCAAAAAGCGCAUGGUUGAUACUUUUCCACGAGAGGAUCCAUUUAGCAUUCUCGUUCCAGAAGGAUUUGAUAUUGAUAAGCAUCAGGGACCACUCCGGCUACCACUUGAAGCUGAUGAUGUUCUAUUGAGGGUAGACUUUGUCAGAGAAGUUGAUGCAUUGCUACAAGAGGUUAAGGCCGAGCAAAAUGAAGUACAAAAUGCACAAGGGCUUGAUGCUGAGUCCAUUGCAAGUAGGUUGAAGCAGCAGGAGAAGCAGCGGGCAAUACGCUUGGUAGAAGCUGUACUAGACCUGGCCAUUAAUUUGAAGUGGUAGCAAUAUUGCAUUUUUAUUUUUGUUUUAGUUUUUGUAGCCUUUUCUUCUUCUUGCUAAAGGUUUUCUUUUCUUGGGGGAGAGGGGGCUGUUGCAGUCAGAUCCCCUGUUAUGGCAGCAUUAAGCUCUUCAGUCUCUUACAGGAUUCCAUAAGUAAUUAUUCGAGUACAAAACUCCUAUAUGCAAGGACAUUGUGUAUUUGCCUUUGGUUUUUGGCUUUUGGCUUUCAAACGAUCAAAGAUUCAAUGUCUGAACCA